AUGAAUUUAUUUGGACGUUACUUCUCCAAGUGUUCCGAUGAUGUUUCCUUACUCAACAUACACUCACCUUUGCUCUUUUCACUCAUAUCAUCUGAAGAUGAACAACAUUUUAUUCCUAACUUGAGGAGCCAUGUACCAGCCCGUGCUGUGGUGAAGCAGCCUGUCCGUGGAGCUUGUGGCAAGACCACAGUCACAGCGAUUGUUCAGACUGGUGGGGACUGGAGCACCGGCCUCUUCAGUGUCUGCAGAGACAGGAGAAUUUGUACGUUUUUCCUCUUCACUUAA